AUGAUCCUUAAGGAUGCAUACAAGACGUGCCAAGGCGGCGAGAGCAUCGAGCUGCUUUUUCAGUACCGGAUGAGUGGCUCUUUAAUGUUAAAGAAAAACUGUGAUGUGGCUCGAAUAGACCCGCCAGAAGUGGUGCGGGUAUUCGCAUACAAUUAUGCUGCGUUUCACGUCGUUGGCCCUAUAAACGAAAGUAGGGCGGUGUUAUAA